GUUUGAUGACGUCACAUUGAUGAGGUCGGGUCGGCCAUUUUGUAACGUCUUAUAGAGUUGGCUUGAUUGACCUCGGCAACAGAAUUUUGUUGGUUUUUGCCAAGUGAAUAUAGGCUUGACAAUCCAUUGAAACUCUUCUUGACUGGUUCCUCUUAUUCACUUUCCGUUUCAUUCUGUGUAAAGUGCCAGCUAACAUAACAAAUAAAAAAAGAAAUAUAGAGACUAUUGAAAAACCGAAAAAAAAUGGUAGAAGAUCGAGCUGCGGCGAAAGAAUUAGAUCAAUGGAUUGAGCAAUUGCAUGAAUGUAAGCAACUUACAGAGACCCAAGUUAAAACAUUAUGUGAAAAGGCUAAAGAAAUAUUAUCAAAAGAAUCCAAUGUACAACAAGUAAAAUGCCCCGUGACAGUGUGCGGUGAUGUUCAUGGCCAGUUCCAUGAUUUGAUGGAACUUUUCAGAAUAGGAGGUCGAUCACCAGACACAAAUUACCUUUUCAUGGGAGAUUAUGUUGACAGAGGAUACUAUUCAGUUGAAACUGUCACAUUGUUGGUAGCUCUAAAAGUAAGAUAUAAGGACAGAAUAACUAUACUUCGAGGAAAUCAUGAAAGUAGACAGAUUACCCAAGUGUAUGGAUUUUAUGAUGAAUGUUUGAGGAAGUAUGGAAAUGCUAAUGUUUGGAAGUUUUUCACAGAUCUCUUCGAUUUUCUUCCUCUAACAGCAUUAGUAGAUGGACAAAUUUUCUGUCUGCAUGGUGGCUUGUCCCCUUCCAUAGACUCUCUUGAUCAUAUAAAGGCUCUUGACAGAAUACAAGAAGUACCUCACGAAGGUCCAAUGUGCGAUCUUCUAUGGUCGGAUCCAGAUGAUCGUGGUGGUUGGGGCAUCUCACCUCGUGGUGCAGGAUACACAUUUGGGCAAGAUAUUUCCGAAACUUUUAAUCAUACCAAUGGGCUUACAUUGGUGUCUCGUGCUCAUCAACUUGUCAUGGAGGGUUACAAUUGGUGUCAUGAUAGGAAUGUUGUAACCAUAUUUAGUGCUCCUAACUACUGCUAUCGAUGUGGUAAUCAAGCUGCAAUUAUGGAACUUGAUGAUGCAUUAAAGUAUUCCUUCUUGCAGUUUGACCCAGCACCAAGACGAGGAGAGCCACACGUAACACGGCGAACUCCUGAUUAUUUCCUUUAAGAACCCUGAACAUUUUUUUAGUUGUACUGGGCAGCUAACUUUCUGUUUUUUUUUUUUUUUUUUUUUUUUUUUUUUGGUAACUAGUCUAAGUACAACAGCAUCAGCAGCAUCUGGUCCCUUUCAUUGGGAGCUGUGGCAAAAUGAUAAAAACAUACUCUUGCAAAAUAUUAAAAAAAAAGAAAAAACAACAAAACAAAUAAAUAUAUCCCCCCUCAAAAAAAAAAAAAA